AUGACCCCACCAAUCGCCGAAAUCCUCAAAGAUUCCGAAUACAAACCAGAACUGGUGCAACGCAUCGCCUUCCGCACCUCCCAACCAAAUCUAGAAGUGGUACCUUAUGAUCCAACCUGGCCAUCUGUUUUCACCUCCAUAAAAACUCGCAUCCUCACUGCGCUGGGCUCAACAGCCCUCGCAGUGCACCACACGGGCUCAACAAGCAUCCCAAACCUCCCAGCAAAGAACAUCAUCGAUAUAGAUUUAGUGGUCAAGGAUAGCACCGAUGAAGAUGCCUACGUCUCCAGACUCGAAGCUGCAGGGUUCAAGUUUUUGCUCAGGGAGCCGCAUUGGCAUCAACAUCGCUUUUUCUAUACGUAUGAGCCUUGUGCGGUGAAUUUGCAUGUUUGGAGUCCGGAGUCUCCUGAGGUGGUGCGGCAUCAGAUCUUCAGACAACAACUUCUGGAUUGUCCUGAGGAUAUGGCUAUGUAUUUGAGAGCUAAGGAGCUUGCGGCUUCUCAAAUCAAAGAGAAUGGUGGGCUUAUGCAGGACUACAACUUACUAAAGGAGGACACGAUCCGUCAAAUAUUGAGGAAUGCAUUCAAGGACUUGGGCUACAUUACAUAA